AUGUCUUCUAACAAGCUUCCCCGCCGUACGCAAGAACUGGAUCUGCCCGCACCGCAAUCGUCGAUUAAAAAGCCACAAAACCGCGCCAGUCGAAUAGCUCAGCCGGUACGGAAAUCCGCCAAGCCGACGGGCUUGAGUGAAAUAAGACGCUCAAGGUCGAUGGACCGUGGCUUGAACGUGCUGCCUCUACCGACGACCGCAACCAAAAAGUCGCUCAACCCACGCAGCAGCAGCGCCACACCACAACUAAGAACUCCUAUGCGCUCUGGUGGCCUGCACCCCGCAGACGCUGUGCCGCCGUCUACAGCGGAACGAGAAAGGUGCACUGUUGACGCGGCGCUCGUGUUCGAUUAUCUUGCCGUGGCUAACAUUGCCGAUCUGCCCAGGGAGUUUGUGGAACGAGGCAACAUGAAGUCCAUGUCGAUGAAACAGUUUCUUAUCAUCGUGGCGCACUUGCUGCGUCAGAUUGGGGGUAGUCGGUACAAGAUCGGUGCCAACUUUGUCGAGGAUAUCGUGCGUGCCAUUACGGAACUUCAGUGUCCGUUUACCAUCAACAAGUCGAUGCUGAAAACACCGACGGCGCCGUACUCGAUGGGCCCGAUCGUGAGCCUGCUAACGUGGCUCAUUCAACUGGCACCGCAACCCCGCAGCGAAGCGGAGUGGGCCCCGACCUUAGUGAAGGCUGAAGAAUUUCCAUCCACGGACUUUACGCGCUUUUUCUACCAAUCGUCCAUUGAAUGCUUUCACCUGUGGAACAUGAAAAGGGAGGAAGAAUUCGAGGCAAAAGUGGAAACUGUGGUCGAUCGUUUGGUGGCGUGCAAAACGGGCGGUCUCACGCAGGCAGAAGUGCAGCAGCGUACCGAGCAGAUAGUGCGCCAGCUGGAAGCAAUCGGUAAAGAGUCCGGUAUGGGGCCGACCCGUGAACAAAGCUUAGAUGGCGUACAGCGCGAGAUUGCCGAACGAAUGCGCGAAGAGAGUCGGUUGGUGGAGGAAGUAAAACGACUGUCGAAGCAGGUUAGCAAACAAGAGCAACAGCAGUACCGGCGGCAGGACGAGUAUUACGAUUGUGAAAGUGCCAUUCACAAACUGAAGGAAGAGCUUGCCCAGCAACAGAUGACGAUCCGGCAGCGCGACGAGAUGUGCUGCACGAUCGCACUCAAAGAACGGUUGAUCGCUGCCAAGCACAACGCGUUGCACUGCCUAGAGGAAGCAUCGUCCGACCAUCAGAUCAAACUGUCGCACAUGAUCCAGCAAAAGAUCGACGGGCUGACCAUGCUAAACACCCAGCUGCACAAUUUUGCCAACGCUCUGGAGUCGGACAUUACCUUUACGCCAAUGGAACUGAACCGGCUGAUGGAAAGCCGGCCGGAGGAACUGGCAGCAGCACUAUCGGACCUUGACCAGCAGCUGAACGAUGUGUUCAACCAGCAGCGUCAGUUGUUCCUUAAGUUGAGCGCCGAGAAAUGUCUCUACGAGCGUCAGGUGAACGAUGCACAACUGAUGCUGGCCCCGCUGGAGAUGGCGGUCGCUGAGCAGAGCGAGCGUUUAGCGAAGCUGCACAAGCAACGAGACGCGAUCAUGGUCGAAUUCGGCUCUCUCGCAACAAGAAUCGCUGAAACGAAAGUAAGCCGUAAGAAGGAAGAGGAUUUGGCUCUCCGCAUCGAACAAAUUAAGGCCAAUCUGGCGCGCAACGAGAACGCCAUCGAAAAGCUGGGCCGCCACAAACAGCAGCUGAUGCAGAACGCACUGAUGAGUUGCCAGAGGGCAAUAUCGGAAAAGGAUCACAAAAGAGCUACUUUAGUGGCGCAGCUUGAUCACUGUGAAGCUAUUAUGAAAAAGAUUGUCGACGUGCUUAAAAUAAGUACAGAGGAGCCCGAUAGUACUUGA